AUGGCUCAUUCAGACUCAUGCGCUGUCAAUGCUGACGGUUCUCUCAAGGAUGCCAAGGACAUCGUCUUCUACCACGAUCCCGAUGAUUCUGUCCCCCUUGACACCACGUCCUCUGCCCCCCAGCCAUCAUCAUCUACUAAUCCUCCUCAGGAUGCCUUCUCUAUGCUACUGAAUACUGGGCGCAAACCAACACCAGUUACAGCUGGUGCUCGACGAUCCAUUCGGACCUCUAAGCCAUCUGCUCGCCUCCGGGAUGCUGAGAACAUUUAUUCAACCUCGACCUCCACCAGCUCAACAAACCGCAAACGUGCAUUGUCUAGCGCUACUGAACUUCAACUUCAACCGGCUCACAAAAAGGUUUUAUCAUGUCUAUUAUCAGACGAGGAUAGCCUUGAUGACGACGACGCUGGUCAUGACACCGAUCCUUUGGAGGACCAGCCCGUGGAGGACCAGCCCGAAGCCGAACCUGAAGCCGAAGCCGAACCUGAGGACGCCAUCCAAGCCACUUUGCCGAAGACUGAACGUACCGCUGACAUUCGCACUGUCUUCACUCGCCAUGAAACACACUGGGUAUGCAACCCUUGCAAGGACGCUGUACUUAUGUUUUUUUUUGCUCAUUGUAAAUAA